AUGGGAGACUGUAGCCCGAGUGACCAAUGUCUCACCUUCGACACGUCACUAGACUUUGAGGUGGUCAAUCCAGCAAGCACAACUCGCCCCAGUCCAGCGGCAGCAAUCUGGAUCGAGUACAAUGCCAAGAAGCUUACGCCUCCGGCUGACCCGGACAAUCCGUACACUAUCAACGCCCUUGGGCUGACGUUUCACUACAGCAAAGAGUCAGAGGCCGUCGGGUCAACGACGGUCAUGGUUCCGGUCAAUGCGUACAACAAGAUUACCCUCCUCGUUCAGCAGCAGGAACAUGUAAACGGCGACACGACCAUCAGGUUUGAGCCGUCUGUGACAUCCUCAGCUCUAGUUGACUUGCGUUACAAUGGCCUUGGCGACCGUGCGGAGGCCGUUGUUGGUGGGUUCACCAACGACUCGCUGACGUAUGUCAAGUUCGACCUUGAUCGAAGGGGAGUGGAGAUCAUCGAGGAAACAGCGGCUUUCAGCAUCGCCACGCUCGUGUCACAGUAUGGUGGUUUUUGGUCCUACAUAGGCCUGAUAUUCGGGGUCAUCUUCGUCGUCAAGGAGACUCAGGAAGCGGACUUAAACGAAAUUAUUGACAAGGUCCUGAGAUUGAUCUUUCGCGGGAACCACAACUCGGUGAAGCCUGCCGAGGGACUCAGCAAAACAGUCGCUGUUGCUGCGAGGAAAGUGCUGGUUGGGGCGUUCGUCGAAGGUCAGGAACUGGUGAACGAGUUAAACGCCCCUAACCAGUUUGCACAGCCACAGAGCGGCUCCAGCAAGUCAACCGGUCCUCGAGCAGAGACGACCCUUGCAGAUAUUCGGGCGAACCUGCAAAAGCACCAAGAGUAA